GCCAGCUUGGCCCUGGCCUGUCAAGCGGCUCAUUGUUCCUGCCCCGGGUGUCACUGGGCGCCGCCGGGGACAAUGUGGCACUGAGAGGGGCGGCCGGCGGUGGAGGGACGAGGCGCACGGAAAGGCUCAUCUCUCCCUCCCGCCAUGGCAUCACCGGACGGAGCCAGUGGCGUGGGCGGCAGUCCCGAGGAGACAGAGCUCAGCAUCACCCUGACCCUCCGCAUGCUCAUGCACGGCAAGGAGAUUGGCAGCAUCAUCGGCAAGAAAGGAGAGACUGUUAAGAGGAUACGAGAGCAGAGCACUGCACGCAUCACUAUCUCGGAAGGGUCCUGCCCCGAGCGCAUCACCACGAUCACCGGCUCCACCGACGCUGUCUUCCGCGCUGUCUCCAUGAUCGCCUUCAAGCUGGAGGAGGACCUGGGAGCAGGGGGCGAUGGGGUGUCAGCAGGCAGAGCACCGGUGACCCUGCGCCUUGUCAUCCCUGCCAGUCAAUGCGGUUCCCUCAUCGGCAAGGCAGGAGCUAAGAUCCGGGAGAUCCGGGAGAGCACAGGGGCACAGGUGCAGGUGGCUGGUGACUUGCUGCCCAACUCCACUGAACGGGCUGUCACGGUCUCGGGGGUGCCAGACACCAUCAUCCAGUGCGUGAGGCAGAUCUGCGCUGUCAUCCUGGAGUCGCCUCCGAAGGGGGCCACCAUACCCUACCACCCUGGUCUCUCCCUGGGCACCAUCCUGCUCUCUGCCAAUCAGGGCUUCUCCAUGCAGGGCCAGUAUAGCGGGGUCUCUCCUGCAGAGGUGACGAAGCUGCAGCAGCUGUCAGGGCAUGCGCUUCCCUUCGCCCCCCUGGGCCAUGCACCCACCAUGGUGCCAGGUCUGGAUGCCAGCUCCCAGAGCAGCUCCCAGGAGUUCCUGGUGCCCAAUGACCUCAUCGGCUGCAUCAUCGGCCGGCACGGCAGCAAGAUCAGCGAGAUCAGGCAGAUGUCGGGUGCCCACAUCAAGAUUGGCAACCAGACUGAGGGCUCCAGUGAGCGGCACGUGACCAUCACAGGGACCCCUGUCAGCAUCACCCUGGCCCAGUACCUCAUCACAGCCUGCUUAGAGACUGCUAAAUCUACCUCCCAGGUGCCACCAGGCCCUGGCUCCAUGGACCUCGGCAUGGGCUUCUCCCAGCCCCUCGCCCCAGGCUCCGGUGCGGCUCUUCCUGCCGUCGCCCCAGCCCCCCCGGCCCUGCUGGGCACCCCCUACGCCAUCUCCCUCUCCAACUUCAUCGGCCUGAAGCCGGUGUCCUUCCUGGCACUGUCCCCAUCCUCCGUAGCAGGUCCCAAUGGUGGCACCACCACCUACACGACCAAGAUCUCGGCAGCCAAUGGCACCAAGAAAGCUGACCGGCAGAAGUUCUCGCCCUACUGAACCCCACUGGUGGCUGGACCAGGGGGUCCAGGGUGUUACACAGUAGCAGGGACACCUUCCUGCCACCCACCCUGACCUCAGCCUCUGCCAGGUGCCCCGUGCCCCCCACCCCAGGGAAGGAAAGGGUCUUCUUGGUGGUGAUGCCUGCUGGAGGAAGGGGCUGUUUUGUUGCCUGCUGUCCAUCCCAGCAGCUCUGUGCCCUCCUGCCUGAUUUUCUGCACAGAGACCAUGUGUCCUAGUAUUGGGUGGGGGGGCUGUCCCUGCUGGCCUAGGGUCCCUUCUCCCAGUGCCCUGUGCUGGUGUGGGACCCCUACUUCCUGCUCCUCACCCUGCCUCCCCUGCCAUCCUGCUCAUGCCCACACUCCAUCUGGCACCCAAAAGCCAGGUCCCACUGGAUGAGGACUGCCUGGCCUCUCCAGGAGUCCUGCUUCCACUGGCUCUGGUGGGGGCCCUCCCUGGGCCACCCUGGGGCAAUCGCCUCCCAGCAACCCCAUCCAAGAGCCAGUCCCUGCUGGCUUGG